CAGCUGCCGGUCCAACGGCACCAGUUCGGCGAAAAGGCGGGCGCCCCUUCCCCCUUUUUAUUCCCCCGCUCACGGUUCGAAACCGAAAUAAUUUCGAAAAUAUAUCAUCAAUUCUUCAAGGCUUUUUUUUUUUAAUCAACUAAUGGCGCAGAUUUGCUCCGAUGCCACGACCGAGAUGUGCGAGGCGAGCCCACGCGCUCCGCGGCGGCGGAGGGAGGAGGUCGGGCGGUUCAAUUUCCUCGCAGGAGUCGACGCCACGGCGAUCGCCGGCGAGUUCAGCCGGAAGAGGAAGAAAGUCGAGAUCGCGGGAAGCGAUAGGGGGUUGAGUGGAUGGGAUCGGUGUCCGAGGUACGGGAUGACGUCCGUUCGUGGGCGGAGGAAGGAGAUGGAGGACGCCGUAUCGAUACGGCCGGAUUUUGCAAAGAGAAGCUCCGGAGCCGACGGAAAGCUUCAUUUUUUCGGUGUUUUUGAUGGCCACGGCUGCUCUCACAGACCGGAUGCACGAGAUCGUAUCGGCCGAAACAGAUCGUAUCGGGUCGGAAUCUGAUAAGCGCUGG